AUGGCUGAAUCAUGGAUGGCUCUUCCGCUCUUUAACCGCCAGGAUUCUCCAGAAUCAUCACGGGAUGUGUUAUCAAUGGCAAGCACUCGGCGGCUAUCUAUAGAUCCUUCUAUACAAUGCGGCGAGAGGGACAACUCCGGUGAGGUUAAUCCUCACAACCUGCCAGGUCAGCUACAACUGCCUGCUGACUUGAAUCCCGGAAGGGUUGCCCCGACUACUCAUUUACCUGAUUUGACAAGAAGGGCCAACCCGGAGUCCCGAUGGAUGCAGUGCGGCGAGCUUGAAGUUCGGGGACCCGAUGCUGUGACGUGCCCGUUUCCUGGGUGCAAGUCGACACUGCAGUUUACCGGAUCCCGGGAGCUUCAACGGCACUAUAAACAACACUUUAAACGAUAUUUCUGCCGCUAUCCACAUUGUCCGCAGGCGGGGCCGGGUCCAGAGGGCCGUCAUCCCCCCACUAAGCGGGGCUUCGCGACCAGAAAAGACCGUGCCCGGCACGAGGCAAAGCACGACCCAAGGAUUCAAUGCCCUUGUCUGAAUGAGAGAGGCGAGCGGUGUUCGAGGAUGUUCAGCCGGAUUGACAACAUGAGAGAUCAUGUGCGCCGGAUCCAUAACAACAGCUACGAUGCAAGUCAAGAGACACACGGCACGGCUGAUGCGAAUCCUGAUAUAGACAUUCACCACGAAGCCUAG